AUGGACAAGCUCUCAAGCAAGUCAAACUAUUUCAAAGGAAGAUGGUCCACCAAUCCUAGAUUUAUAAAGAAACCCGUUACGAGGAUAAUGUUACAAGACAUCAGUACGUGUUACAAGGAUCCUGAUGAACCAGGGCCUGGUCAUUAUAAUCCUCGAACGCCCCGAAAACUACGUUCAUUGAAGAAAUAUCCCUUUGAUAGCAAUAUAGAAUAUGCACGACCCGUUCCACCAAGUGAUAUUCGUCCUGGACCAGGAAGAUACAAGAUUAAACAGGAAUAUCGCGUAAAAGGAUACGGAUGGACAUCCGUUUUCAAGAGCAAAGUGCCUAGAAUGACUGGCAUUUCUCCAUCGUUAUAUAAUGAUUAUUAA